AUGAAGAUGCAUGGGAAAGUGAUUGCGACAGCGCUCCUUGCUGGGAUUGCCGUCGCAGAACCUAUUCCACGUGCGGUGAAGGCGCCUUCUGUUGACCUGGGCUACUCGAUCUAUGAAGGGAGCUACGAUGUGAACAACAGCAUCAAUGUCUUCAAAGGAAUUCGUUAUGCUGCUCCACCCCUUGGAAAAUUUCGAUUCGCAGCUCCUCAAGCCCCAGCAAAGAACCGAACGUCUGCGCUCCCGGCCAUCAGCAAUCCGCCAAUCUGUCCACAAACCGGUGCCUCGAUCUUGACGCCUGUCGAAUACGGAUUCACCUCUGCGCUCGGGAAUGAGGAUUGUCUUUUUCUGAAUGUGUAUGCGCCUGCAAACGCGAAGAACCUGCCAGUUUGGUUCUGGAUUCAUGGAGGAGGUUAUGGCUUGUUCAGUGCAACAGGUCUUGACCCCACUGAAUUCAUGGUCACAAACAACAACACUUUCAUCAGCGUGAUCAUACAGUAUCGUCUAGGAGCCUUUGGUUUCCUCUCCUCGGAAGAUGUUAAGAAAAAUGGCACGCUCAACGCCGGGUUGCUGGACAUGAACUUCGCGCUCAAAUGGGUACAGACUAACAUCGGCAAGUUUGGUGGCGAUGCAAACAAGGUCACGAUGGCUGGAGAGAGCGCAGGAGCUGGUGCUGUGCUGUACCAGGGUAUGGCUUAUGGCGGCAAGCAGAAGGAGAAUUUGUUCCAAAACAUCAUCGCUGCUAGCCCGUAUCUCACCGAGCAGUACGAUUACAACGACAAGAAACCGACUAAAGCCUACAACGACUUCGUCUCCGCUGCCGGUUGCGCUUCAGCAAAGGACAAACUGAACUGUCUCCGUAGCGCCGACUCGCCCGUACUGCAGAAUGCCAGCGCCAAAGUUUCCGAAGCUGGUCCUUUCGGCACUUUUGCUUUCCUGCCAGUUACUGAUGGUACUUUUGUCCAACAGCGUCCGAGCCAAGGACUCUCUUCCAAGUCCCUGAAGGGCAAGCGUAUCCUAUCGACAAACAUGGCGAAUGAAGGCGUUCCUCUCAGUCCCCCAUACACGAGAAAUCUUGCAGACUUCCGCGCCUACGUCAACACCACCUUCCCCAAAUUCAACUCGACCGACAGAGCCGCGCUGGAAAAGCAGUACUCAUAUGCCGGUGAUACCUCUGACGUGAACCCUGCCGCUCCCCGCUUCGCCACCACAGGUACAUCGCCUCCCACCGCCAAAAACCAAAGUGUGUUCGGAACCGGCCAACAACAGCGCGUCUUCAACGUCUUCGCAGAAUCUUCCUUCGACUGCCCGUCGUACUGGGCCGCAUCCGCAUGGCCGCAGGCUUGGCAUUACCAGUUCAGUGCCGGCCCCUCCUACCACGGUUAUGACCUGCAAGCCUUGUGGUCCGGCACCGCGACACCGGGCGCCUCUUUCAAACACGCGUUCCGCAAGAUCUGGGGCAAUUUCAUCACUACAAACUCCCCGGUCAUCUCCGUGCAGGAUGCCAAAGGUGGUGUAGCAAAUUCGACAGUUCCCUCUGCUGGGUACGACGGCAAGCUCCAGUGGCCACAAUGGGAUUCGAAGAAACCUGUAUUGUUGAACUUGAAUGCUACGGGUGGUGUGCCGACUUUUCUCAAUGUCACGCAGUAUUUGCAAUACAAUGUCUAUAGUGAUCCGGGGAUGAGCAAUCUGAUCAGCAUUGCGGAUGCGGCGGCUUGGGAGGGAGGUAGGGGGAAGAGGUGCGAGUUUUGGAAGGGAGUUGCAGAUAAAGUUCCGUACUAG